ACUCUUGUGUAACUGCCCACGCAAACUGCUACAUGACACCCACCUUGAAGCUUAAGUGUGAAUAGACACUAUGGGAACAUUGCGAGGAAUUAUUACAGCCACACUAACUUCUUUCCAGCUCUGUCAAAAUUAAUAAUUGAUUUCAGACAUUAAUUUGGCGGUCUUGAAUUCGCUUGCUGCCAAUGACUGUUCGCCACGGAACCUGCAGUGGAUGGGUCAUAUGACUAGGGCAACUGCCUCAUCACAGCCGGUAAUUGUGGAAAAAGCCCCCAAAGCAAGGAUAGGAGAUCUGGACAAGAAGAAAUACCUCGUGCCCUCUGACCUCACGGUGGGCCAGUUCUACUUCCUCAUCCGAAAACGAAUCCACCUGCGGGCCGAGGACGCCCUGUUCUUCUUUGUAAACAACGUCAUUCCUCCCACCUCAGCCACCAUGGGCCUUCUAUACCAGGAGCACCAUGAAGAGGACUUUUUCCUCUACAUUGCCUACAGUGAUGAGAGUGUCUAUGGAGACAGCCAAACGGAAGUCUAAACCCCUCCCCCCUUCGUCACCCAAGUCUUCUCCCCCAAACCUCCCUUAACUCCAUUGAAAUGCUAUAUCCAGCUCAGCAGCCUAGUUCCCCGAGCAAAGACGUCAGAUGCACUUUCACUCCCCCUCCUUCCCUCAUCCAUCCAUUUUUACCUCUUUAAUACUCUUCGCACAGUCUGAAUUUUAUUUGCCUCCGGGUCGCCGAGAUGGGGAUUUCGGUUGAAUGGUCCCGUGGCCAGUUUUCAUAGUGCUUUAAUCAUGCUGAAAUGGAUAGAGGAGAGAUGCCAUUUUGAAAUUAGUGUUAGAAUUAGACCAUAUUACCAGUCAUUAUAAAGAUGCGUGGAAAAUAAAAUGUAAACUUUGGAUGUAGCGUUGAUAGGUUAAAUUCUGCUCCAUUUGGCAAUGAUAAAAUGUAAUGUUUUACUAAUGUAUUAGUGCUGGUAAGAUACUCUGACGACGUAGUGUAUUUGACGUCUGACUGGAGUAGAAUAGAAUUCCGACUGAACAAUCAUCUUCCGCUUGUCUCCGCUUUCAGUGGUUAAAAAAAAAUCUAUAUUUGGAUUGAUUACUAUUAUGAUUCUUUAUUGUACUUGUAAUUUUUAGAUGGCUUAAUUUCUGAGAAGUAUUGUAAAGCUCAGUGCAAUUUUACUUUAAAAGUUUUGUUCUACUUUAAAAAAGUUAGAACUCGGUAUAGCUGUUACUGGCACUCUCCACUCAUGAUAAAAUGUGAUGAAAAGCCAA